CGCCAGGUACUACUUAUUCAGCGCGUAAGGAAAAAGGUGCAACGCGACUUCGCGCUAACCAUCCUCUGUUACAUUCAUGCCAUGAGCGCAGUGCAGGGCGGGCCGGGCGCGCGGCCGUCACAGCCGCAGGCGCAGACGUUCGACUUUGGCCCCUGGACGUUGACGGUGUCCAAGUCGCACAUUCUCGAGUCCACGUGCCGACAGCCGGAGGUGUGCGGCCCCAUCACCGAUGACACCAGCCACACCCUCUGUUCCAUCUGCAAGUACAGCCGCCAGCUGUCACUGCCGGGCCUGCCGGAGAUGUGCUUCCCGGACAAUACGCUGCGGAUACAGCACACGGCCGGCUACGGCAUCGAGUUCAACGCGCUGGACGCGCUCAAGCGGGUCAACGACCACGAGGACCUUGUGAAGGUCGCGUGCGCAAACGAGUGGAAGAGUUCACGCGGCCACCUGCCGCAGAUCAACUCGGUGUCGAGGCCGUUUGACUGGACAUUCAGCACUGACUACCAAGGCACACUGCUGGGCCACCAGAAGCCGUUACCGCAACCCACAGACGACCGCAUCGAUAUGGAGAAGCUCAAGCAGAAGGAGAAAAUCAUGUUCUAUGAGGACAUUCUGCUGUUCGAGGAUGAGCUGGCCGACCACGGUUGCGCCAUGUGCAGCGUCAAAGUGCGGGUGAUGCCACGCAGCUUCUUCCUGCUGCUGCGGUUCUACCUGCGCGUGGACGGCGUGCUGCUGCGCGUCAAUGACACCCGCCUCUACCACGAGGCCGACCAGACAUAUAUGCUGCGCGAGUACACCAGCCGGCAAAGCAUGGUCAACGACCUCCAGGUUCCUCCGGCCGUCAUGAACAACCCCAACGAAGUGUGGAUGCACCUGCCCAUCGAGAGCUCGCGGUACGAGAAGCUCCAGUUCCCUGGCACCACCUGACCGCCCCCUGAGACACAAGACCUCAGAAAAGAAGGACGCAGCGGUGGCUGCUGACUCGCUCACACUGCAUAAGGGCGCCCGCCGUGUGGUCCGAAUGGGGCGGCUCUCCCAGCGAAGAGACUGCUGCUUAGCCGCCGCACGGGGCCAGUCGGGUAUCAACUUCCACGUGUCUCAUUUUUUAGGUUCUGAGGCUGAAACGGCAUGUGCAAUUCGAGCACUUCAUCCGUUUCGAUAAGACCAUUGCACAUUGUGAACGUGGCCUCAGAAUUGCAUGGAUUACUGAUAACAUGAAUAAACGCCAUAUGAUCGCUUUCGCAAA